GCCAAUGUUGAUACUCAGGUUCUUCAACCUGUUGAUUACCAGGUUCCUGCGUCAGAUGCUUUUGAAACGCCUGUUGAUGCAACGCCAAAUGCCCCUGCAAUUUUUAAGGCUAUUGUGAACUCACAGGUUAUCACACCUGUUGAGACUCAAUUUAAAACCCCGGUGGUUUUUCAGUCCCUUGUUGAUGUCCAGAUCACUGCCCCUGAGGUUUUACAAAUUCCAGUUUGCGCUGGGGCUAACCAACCUCUGGUUACCAGCCAAACCUCUAUUGUACAGGGUACCGAGCCUGACUAUCCAGAGGGAUUCACACAGGUAAUCAACAAAAAAAACUAUCAAAGACACCCCAAGAGGACAGACAACUAUACUAUGAGGUGGGAUACAGUUCUCAUCCCAUGAUCACAAGAAGUCAAUCCAAGCAACCUCGAGAUGAAACUGACUACUUCCUUUACCCGGUUGACGCGAGGCUUGAAUCGCCACAUCAAUUGGCUGAGGCGCUUCAAAGAUACAAAACAUCCCGCCCGAAUGCCAAAAUUUACCAACCGUACCUGCGGAAUGCAAUAAGGUUCCACAACAAAUACAACAGGACUAUAUCAUCCUCUGUGGGAAUUCCGAUUUCCGACAAGGAAAACAUAUUGAAGUUCAAAGAUUUUUGAGCUUGGAAACACCAUUUUACACCUGCGGAAACACUAUUCACCGAGGAAGGUCAACGCCUCCCUAGGGCGUUUCUCCGGCUGGAAUUCAGUUUUGAAGGUAGUUCUAGCUUCUCCUAGCUGUGGGGAUUAACUUUUACUAACCUCCGCCAUCAUCGGCCAAGUUUUCAUUUUGGUCAUCUUCCCCAACGAUCACCUACUUCUUUGGCGGACAAAGGUUUUUUUGCUCUCGGAGGGGUGGCUUUCCUCUAGCUUCCCCUUCCAUCAUGGGGGGUAAGAAAAAGAAGUCCCCUUCUAGUUCUCGACCUACCAAGGCGUCUUCACGUCUUCGAAUUAAGAAUCAAGGUAAGGAGAUUGAUGAUGCCGUAGCAAGCUCAAGCCGUGAAAGAAAGGAGGA